CGCCUUUUACUAGGGGAUUCCGUGAGUGUUGUUAACAUACACCGCAUAUCCUAAUUUUUCAGCACUCAGCUUGAUCUGAGACCAUAUUUCCCUUCCCUUUUUUCGACCUUUUACUCAAAAUUCCUCCACAGUAGUCAAAGAUUCAUUUGUAGCGCCAUUACUGUGCCGCACGAUACUGCAUCUCUGUUACAAACCACCCAGCCGCUUUGAAAGCAAGGGCUGUGAGCUCAACAUGGCUGGUGCUAACUACAUGGGAGGGAAAAAAAAUGCCGCCAAGAUUCGCUCUAGAGAUGCGGCAGGUCGUCAGCAGAAACGAUUCUUCGGCCGCCAACGCCUGAAUCUCUUGUCCAAGCGCCGUUCCAUCAACUCUCCAACGUCGAGAAAUCAGCCGCAACCAAGCAUCUCACUGGCGCAUGCAAAGCAGAAUUCUACCUUGCAGCCUCAAGGUUACAUUCCCAGUCCUAGCAAACCCCCAAAAUCUAAACGCGAUGGUCCCAGCUCAGCGAGCAACAGUUCAAAAGUCCUCGAGGCGCUGGAUACAUCAGAGCCUAUGUUUUUGCGAGCUGCUAUGAAUCAAAUUCUUUCACUACCAGACUUGGCUGGGUUAUAUGCUUACAAGAAGAGAAUACGGGUGUCAGAUAUAUCUUCGCCUGAAGCGCGAAGGUCGAAAAGAAUCAAAUCGGAAUUGUCGCCAGAGAAGGACGAGGAGUUGUUCUUUGGAUCCCAAAAUGAUCGAUUGUGCGACAGCCUCGACCCGUCUUCCCGGGAUAUAUACCACAAUCCAGACAGCGACGAGUACGAUGAAGAACCGGACGACACUUUUUUUCAAGCUCAUCUUGGCUCUCACACUACAUCCGGUAAAAGCAGCCAGCUCUCCCCUAUCCUGGCUCCUCCUCAGAAAACGUCGCAUAUACCCACACGAAACGACGUCGCACAGGCAACCUCUUCUUUUGGGACACUUGCUGUCACGUCUUCGCUCCAAACGUCGUUCUCAGGAAAUAUAUUUGACUACGACGAUCCUUGGACAGCCGUGGGGGUUAUACUAGGUUUGCAAUCUGCUCCCAGUACCCCAGAAAAGGAUGCGGAUAAUACGUCGGCUUUGGCGAAGCAACCGCGGCCUCCGGUCCUGGCUCACCAGAGGCGCAGAGUGAGGCUCACUGCUCAUUCAUCUUCAAAUCUUUCUUCUGAAGGGAUUCCGGUUGCCAGCAGUCAUUCCUCAGAUAACUUUCCUCCUCCUCCUCGUGUGGACGAAGAUGAUUCUUACAGCCAGUCUGACGACUUUCAUUUCGGCGAAGAUGACAGUGAUCACGAUUUUGACGAUCAUGACAUUGCUGCUCACGUACACCAAAAACUUCCUCCACUGCAUCUCGAAUCAUAUCCAUCGUCUGCUUAUUUUUCUUCUUCCAAUGACUAUUUCAACAACUUGGCGCAUGAACCUGUCGCUCACGAAGGAAACGACCCUGAUCCUCCAUUCGACCAUAACUCUCUGCUUGACGGCUCUACCUCUGAUUGUCAUUCGCUGCCUGUUAUUAAUGGAGAGGAGGAUUACGCUGGUCCCGAGGACCCUGACGACUACACACUCUUCGAGACAUCGUCUUGGGCAAUCCUUGAUGCUGGACAGUGCAUCGAAGAACCGGUUCCUGCCGACUAUAGUUCAGGAUUGCGAUCUCCGCUUGUCGAGUGCCCUUCACCCGACUCUCUCCAUGAACAAGACCCGCUCACCACAGCAAAAACGGCUAGCGUUUCUCUACUACAUCGUUCAUCUCCGUCUGUGGCUCCUCGAUUUAACACGAACGAAGAUGUCCUUCAUUUCGCCCAACAGGUUUCACCAAAUGCUUCUGCUUGUUCCUCGCGACAUUUUCGGGUGGAUAGAUCCCUGCGUGCUUCUCAUUCUUCGCCUGCGAAUGCUUCUCUUUGUCCUAUCGAUGAUGCUCAGGACGAUGGAUGCCUGUCGGCUGCUUUACCCAUCUCUACCAGGAUCGAUACACCAAAUUCGGACUCUCUUGUUCGCCAUUCACAAGUCGCAGAUGAUCCGGAGCCCGCCUUCGAACUCACACCUGCACCAGAAUUAAUCCACGAAACUUUUUCUACUGACAAGAUCGUCCAUUCUGCUUACUCACCUGCACCAAUUUGCCGUGAUGAACCUGUUGAAGUUGUCGCUCCUCAGUCUUUUGUUGGUUUCUGUUUGUUUUCUAGGGAUGAUUUCUUGCAGGAACCGGAUAGUGAUGACUAAAGGGCAAUGAAGCGGAGCACGGUAUUUCCACAGCGUUGAGAUACUGUUUGGUUCGUGCAACGGGGUCUUCUCUGCGCCCACUGCGUGUUGCUAAGGUUUACGUGAAAUAA